UAUUAACCUCGAUAUGGCGGGCUUUCUCGGCCACCAGGAAUGGAGUCAAGGUUUCAAGACCUGCCUUCUUUCCUAGAAUGUUGCUGCCGGAGCGGGAGGCAUUUCCCUCUCUGCAGCUGUGAGCUGGCAGUUCUGGAGGUGGCUCCUGAGUCCUACGAGGCAGCGGUCGCACGCAGCUCCUAUGAGGCCCCUGCCGCCGGCCGGCGAUGUCCGCCUGGAGCUUUCGCCUUCGCCGCUACCGCCACCUGCUCUGAGCGGGUCUCCGGCCGACUCGUCGGUGCGUCUCAUGGCCGCGAGCAGAUCCCUGGUGCCUGACCGGCUGCGCCUGCCGCUCUGCUUCCUGGGUGUCUUUGUCUGCUAUUUCUACUAUGGGAUCCUACAGGAGAAGAUAACAAGAGGAAAGUAUGGGGAAGGACCCAAACAGGAGACGUUCACCUUCGCCUUAACUUUGGUUUUCAUCCAGUGUGUGAUCAAUGCUAUAUUUGCCAAGAUCUUGAUCCAGUUUUUUGACACUGCCAGGGUGGAUCGUACUCGGACCUGGCUCUAUGCUGCCUGCUCUGUCUCCUAUGUGGGUGCCAUGGUCUCCAGCAACUCAGCACUACAGUUUGUCAACUAUCCAACUCAGGUCCUCGGUAAAUCCUGUAAGCCAAUCCCAGUUAUGCUCCUUGGGGUGACCCUCCUGAAGAAGAAGUACCCCUUGGCCAAGUACCUGUGUGUGUUGCUAAUUGUGGCCGGUGUGGCUCUCUUCAUGUAUAAGCCUAAGAAGAUGGUUGGGGUAGAAGAGCACACAGUUGGCUUUGGAGAGCUGCUUCUGCUCUUGUCUCUGACUCUGGAUGGACUGACAGGUGUUUCCCAGGACCACAUGCGGGCUCAUUACCAAACAGGUUCCAACCACAUGAUGUUGAACAUCAACCUUUGGUCCACAUUGCUGCUCGGUGCUGGGAUCUUGUUCACUGGAGAGCUCUGGGAGUUCUUAAGCUUUGCUGAGAGGUACCCGACCAUCAUCUAUAACAUCCUCCUCUUUGGCCUAACCAGUGCCCUGGGUCAGAGCUUUAUCUUCAUGACAGUUGUGUACUUUGGUCCUCUGACAUGCUCCAUCAUCACCACAACACGGAAGUUCUUCACCAUCUUGGCUUCUGUGAUCUUCUUUGCCAACCCCAUCAGCUUCAUGCAGUGGGUGGGCACUGUGCUGGUAUUUCUGGGUCUCGGUCUUGAUGCCAAGUUUGGGAAAGGAACAAAGAAGACCUCCCACUAGGAAAAGAAAGGCUUCCUCCACUCCAGAAACACUUAAAUUAUUAUCUCCAACGGUGACAUCUUGGGAAAAUAGACCAGUCACAAUAAGGGACUGGGUUCCAAUCUUUUUAUUAAAAAAAUAAAAUAAAAUCAAAGGAAGCAAGAUCGAAUCUUCUAAACAAAGCACUUGGGGUUUAACAAGACAGGUUGCUAAUUUCUGGUUUUGUAUAGUCUAGCACAAAUAAAGA